CAUAACUCUGCAUUAUCAACUUUUACCAGUCUUGAUAAGUCUCACAGUAUCAGUACUUUUUCAAAGGCAACAAAGUACGAAGCAUGGGUAUUUUUAUUUUUGAAUUGAAGAACUAAUCAUUUGAAAAACAACUGUUGUUAUUUCCAAUAUCAGUUGAUGACAUUUUAGACCAUUCAUUCAAUUGGUUUUAAUGAACGAUAAGAUGCAACAAAUGUCUAGAUUAGAAAUAAACGUUAGACGUUUAUUAUCACGUUGUGAACUUAUGGCUAAAGAUGAUCCUGAUAAAGACUGGCGAUUGGAAAAGUAUAUAUUGGCCCUGGACGGUAUGAUAAAAAAUCUUCAAACGUUACCUAACAAGCCAUCAAGGGACUUAAUGACGGAGUACAUUAGAAGAAUUGAAUUUCUAAAAGGAGUAAUUGAUACAACAAAGCUUUCAAACCCUAUCGAAAAGGUUGCGGCAGCACAAUUAUUACCCAAAAGUGUUGUUACAAUGUCAGAUAAUAUUGGUUCCAGCAUUACAACGCAAAUACAUCAAAAGACAACUGCCAGGUUCAAUAAGGAAUUACGAUCAGAAUUGUUUAAUACCGAUAAAGAAUCACCUGAUAAUGGUCUCAGGCAGCGAGUAAUCCACCAGAGUUCUCAGGAAGAAGAUUUAGAUGCUAUAAUAAAAUAUAACCGAAACAUUCAGGAAAAAAUAGCAGAAAAUAUGCUUUUAAUGACCAAUAAUAUGAAAGAGCACGCACAAACUGCAAGUGCUAUUAUCAGGAAAGACAUCACAUCAUUGGAGAAGUCCGAUAAAUUGACUGAUACCAAUGUUAACAAACUUAAAAAAGAAUCUAUAAAAUUGGAGGAGCAUACGAAGUCAACUUGGAGGUGUUGGGUGUGGGUCAUGGUUGCAUUUGUACUCAUUGUUUUCUUUAAUAUGGUACUUUUUAUGAAAGUAGCCAAGAAAAAAGUAUGAUAAAUAUGGUAAACGUUUAAUAACUAUUUAAUAUAUAUAAUGCUAAUAAGUAUUCAUUCCAUAGAAAAUUUGUAAUAUAUAGAACAAAUAUUUUGAGACUUUUUAUGCUUAACAGGAGCUGCUUAUAGAUCCCUCCAUGUGAACCCUUCCGGUGAAGUGCUGCUACCUUGCGGUUAGUAUGGGAAUUACUAGCAAUUUGAAAGGGACCACACAAAUGGCCUAAAAGAGCCAUAUUUAUCGUUUAAUAUUACUGAGAUUUUGUAUGUUCCACCUGCUUAUCCAAGGAUACGUUCAUUCUUGUUUGAUUAACACUAAAUUUUAACGUUUAUAAAAGUUUCAAAUGAAAAUCUCGUUCAAAAAUUACGCGGCUCCGCACGUCUGCCAUCUUGCGGCAAUGUUCGCACCAGAGAUUUGAAAUAAGAAAAGUAAACGUUCGGGACGCUUUCGAAUAAAACCCACUAAACUUAAAAUAGAUGUAAUUUUAUGUCUGUUUAUUCAUUAACGCGCAGCAGGCGGUUUGAAAUAGUUUCAAAACCUAGAACGUGAAAUGCAUUCUAUAUACAUGCGACUUUGAGACCUCUUACGACAAGUCGGUGAUGCAAUUGUAACCUAGAAUUACUGGUUGCCGAAUAAACGAUCGAUAAUGGGUGACAGACACCAUAUGAACAAAUAUAAACCGCAAUAAUUGUGAAAAUCGACGAACAAAACUUUGAUGCUAGGGCAUUUUGAUAUAAAUUGGGUUAAACGGCGAUAACGUAUUUAAUUUCCAUCAUUUUCAAGGAUCUUGAGUAAAUAGCUACUCUAGAUUUCUUUGGUGUUUCGGUAUUGAUUGACUAAAUUUCUGUCAGUCGGAGAUGCGCGGAGAAAUAACUUACAAACUUAUGGACCGUUCUACAUUUUGCACGACCAGCUAUUUUGAACAUACAAUAGUAACCAACUAAUAAAUUCACGGCAAAAUAAUGAAACUGAUUUAUGAAUAUAAAUGCAUGAAUUUGCAAUAGUGAA